AUGGAGGUUGCUGCUACUCCAGGGGUUACAAAUGGCCUCGCAGCUACGGCUCAGGUGUCCGCGGCGGAUCCGAACGUGGUCGUUCAGUAUCUCACAGAUGUUCUCCAGGUAACACUGGGGGCCACAAAGAGAGAUCUUGAGGCGAUAGGGAGUCUGCUUUCGCAAGCGAAAUAUUCAGAGACCGUGCAGAAAUGUACGCGAUUCGCUUCGGAGUCGCAGGUGGCGCUGUAUGUCCAGCAAGACAUUUUCAGUGCCGAAACCCCAAAUGGAACAGAGAGUGAUGAUGUGGCAGAGAACCGGUAUACGUACACCCUCGCCUCCGAGGUCUCCUUUUUGUCGACGACUGUUGCUUCAGUAGCCUUUAUCAAGCGCUCGGGGCCUAUCGAUGCUACUCUACCUAUCGCCACUCAGAUUCAGGUCACAAAUUUCCCUGGUCUAUCUACCCUCAGUAAUGCACAAGCACAGCAGGGCGCUUCAAUCUCCGCAUUUGAGAUUCUGCACUCUCUAGUGCACCACACACUCGCACCAUACUUCGAAGCCUACACACGUGGUCAGGAAGCUGCCAGUGGUAUUAAGCAGAGGACAGAAACAGAAGCGAAGACUGGUGUUCCGGGAGCCAAAAAACGCAUCGCAGAGUUGGACCUUGCGUUCCUUCAUCUUCAGCAAAAUGUGGAGAUUCCAACUCUAAAUCUACCUCUUCAUGAAAUUGUUCAGGCUGCCUUGGACGACGCAGAGACCCGUGGGAUCAAACCGUCUGUUGAACUAAUCCCACCCGCGGCCCUCGAGAGCAGUACCGUUCUCAACAGCAUCCAAAACAAUGUGAACGGUUGGAUCAAGUCAAUCCAAACCAUUACAAAAAUGUCUCGAGACGCCGACAGUGGCUCGGCAAACCAAGAGAUUAAUUUUUGGCUGUCCAUGGAAACCGCAUUGGAGGGAAUUGAAAAGCAGCUUCGCGGGGACGGAGUGCAACUCACGAUGGAUAUUCUACGCCAUGCAAAGCGUUACCAGGCAACAUUGAGCUUUGUAGCAGAUACUGGGCUUCGUGAAGCAAUGGAUACGGUGCAGAAAUACAACCAGUUGAUGCGGGACUUUCCUCUGGAUGAAUUGUUGUCCGCAACAACGCUGCAAAAAGUGCAAGAAUCGCUUGGCUUGAUUUUCAAUCACUUGAAUAGAAAGCUCAAAAUUUCACCGUAUCCGAUUAAGAGGGCAUUAGCACUAGUGGAAGCAAUUUCGGGCGACUUGGACUCUCAGAUUCAUGCUUUACUACACGGUCGAACUAUCAUGCACCUUGACUACCGAGAAUUUCGCUCAUUGAUGAAGACCUGCAGUGCAAUUUGGCGGACGUGGGACGAAAACGUGAAGGAUUUCACCAAUGUUGGUCGUGAAGCUUCUCGACGUCGAAACGAGAAGUUCAUUCCAAUUAAGAUUUCGCCCCGUCAUCUGAAGAUACAGGAACGCCUCAAGUACAUCAAUACAUUCCGUGUCAACCAUGAACAAUUGCAACGAACAAUCGUUAAUGUGCUUGGCCCAAAAUCGUCUGUUAAUGCAAAUGGCGUAGAUGGCGCGAUUAUCGUGGAAGAGAUUGGCGAUGUGGAUGCUGUGGAGGAAGUUACUCAAGCAUACGCAGCUCUGAAAGAUGUGGACGUUCUUGAUGUCUCCGAAGAAGGCACCCAGUCCUGGGUUCAGGCUGAAAUCACGUACAACGAGCGUACAUCGCGUGUGGAAAAUUCGAUUAUCGCUCGCCUGAGAGACCGUCUCGCAACCGCCAAGAAUGCUAAUGAGAUGUUCCGUGUUUUUUCCAAGUUUAACGCCCUCCUAGUACGGCCUAAAAUUCGAGGCGCCAUCGGCGAAUACCAAACUACACUCAUCGAUAACGUGAAACGAGACAUCAAUUCCCUACAUGAACGUUUCAAGCAACAGUAUGGCCACUCCGAAGCACACGCCAUGGCUCAGUUGCGAGACUUGCCUCCUGUCUCCGGCGCCAUUGUCUGGGCUCGUCAGAUUGAACGCCAACUUGAUGGCUACAUGCGAAAAGUUGAAGACGUGCUCGGUGAAGACUGGCAUUUGCACUCCGAGGGCCAGAAGCUUCAAGCCGAAGGAAAUCUGUUCCGGAAGAAGCUCGACACAAGACCGGUCUUCGAGUCGUGGCUCCAUGAUGUUCAACGGCGGCAUAUUACUAUUUCAGGUCGCUUGUUCAACAUCAUUCGCAAUAGAGCUGCCGGUAACUCACUGGAGCUGACAGUCAAUUUUGAUGCACAGAUCAUUGCCCUUUUCAAGGAAGUGAGGAAUCUGAUUUGGCUCAACUUCCAGGUUCCUCAUGCAGUUAGCAGUAUAUCCAAGGAAGCUAAGCGCGUAUAUCCCUACGCCAUCAGUUUGAUGGAGACAGUCCGCACAUUGCUACAAACAACCCGUACUAUCACAUCAAUGACAGAGGUUGCAAUCUUAUUAAGCGGCUACCAGAACGACGCGCAAGCUAUGAUCACAAAAGGCGUUCCUCUACGAUGGGAGUCCUUCGUUCACUCUUACGAGCUCCAUGUCAAACAAUCAACAUUGUCCAAUGGCACUCUUGAUCCCUCCAUUAGUGGAAGAGGGGAAAGUAAGCACGUCCAAUUUGUUCGCGAAUUCGCUGCAUCCGCUUCGGUGCUUCAAUCAAAGACUGCGACUCUGGCUUCCAUUAAUGAUAGCAUACAAAAAGCUAUACUAGAGCUUAAAACUUGUCCAUAUGAUGCGGCAAUUUUUCGCCAGCGACUGGAUUCAAUCCAAAUGUCCGUGGAUAAGUUGAAUCUCGAGAAUUAUGUCAACCUUGGAUACUGGGUGUCAAAUCUGAACUUGAAAAUCGAAUCUAUACUGCGUGAACGACUGCACCGGGCUAUACGAACCUGGAUUGUGUCAUUCCAGCAAUCGAAAGAUGCCCAAUAUGCCAAACGACUAUCUGCCCAGAUAACCAAUGAAAAGAAAGUGAACGAUACUUCCGAAACUGCGAUUUAUCACAUCGAGUUCCCUCAACUUGUUCAUGAGGUCUCCAUGCGGAACCAAGUCUUGCACCUUGAUCCGCCAUUACAGUAUGCUCGGGCCAGCUGGCUCUCUCACUUCGGCCAGUGGCUUGGAGUCAUCUGCAAUCUGGAGAAGAUCAAGUCAUCCCGAUAUCAAAUUUCCAUAGAUGUUGUGAAAACCACAUUAUCUGAGACGUCAUUUGUGAACUUGCCACAAUACUGCAUUGAAGAGUUGGCAGAAGUUUACGGAGCAAUUGAAUCCAGACUCUCGGAAAUUUCGGGCUAUGUGGACAAGUGGCUCCAGUUUCAGUCUCUAUGGGACCUGCAGGCCGAUCAAGUGUACGAUAUUUUGGGUGACGAUUUAGCUCAGUGGCUUCAACUACUACAAGAAAUUCGCAAAAACCGCGCCACUUUUGAUACAUCCGAGGUUAGCCGUUCAUUUGGUAAUAUUACAAUCGACUAUGAACAGGUACAGACCAGAGUCAAUGCCAAGUAUGACCAGUGGCAACAUGAGAUUUUACAGAAGUUUGGUUCUAAGCUGGGUGGCCAUAUGAGGGAAGUUCAUUCUGAGAUAGCCACUGCACGUAGAGACCUCGAAGGGCAAACCUUGGAAGCGUCAUCAACUGCACACGCCGUAUCCUUUAUCACAAUUGUUCAACAAUGCAAGCGCAAGGCCAGAAUAUGGGAGCCGCAAGUGGACCUGUUCAGACAAGGCCAAACCACCUUGGCUCGACAACGAUAUCAAUUCCCAACAGACUGGCUUCAUGUGGAGAACGUCGAUGGCGAGUGGGCUGCUCUAAACGAACUUCUCACUAGAAAGAGCAAGAUUGUCCAGGAUCAAACCGACGCGCUACGAGCCAAAAUUACUGCCGAAGAUAAGGUCAUUAGUGAUAAGAUCAAGGAAAUAAUCAUCCAAUGGAACGAUGAGAAACCCGUCUCCGGCACAAUCCCUCCAGAAGAGGCCUCUCGCACCCUUAGUUCCUACCAAUCCCGCUUGGAAGGCCUUCAAUCCGAAUUUGAGAUGGUUUCGAAGGCCAAAGAAGCCUUGGACCUACCUUCUAGUGCAGAGUCGUCAUUACCCCCAAUUCUGGAAGAAGUCCAGGAUUUCAUGUCAGUUUGGGCGGCUUUAUCGACAAUUUGGAAGAGUUUGAACGACCUUCGUGAUAUGCUCUGGACUAGUGUUCAACCCAGGAAACUUCGGCAAUCAAUUGAUAAUCUCAUCAAAAUGACCAAGGAAAUGCCAAGUCGUAUGCGCCAAUAUGCUGCAUUUGAACACAUUCAGAAUGUUCUCCGCCAGUUGUUGAAAAUUAACCCGUUGCUCUCUGACCUGAAAUCAGAAGCUAUAAAAGAGAGACACUGGCAAAAGAUCUUUAAGGCUCUUAGACCUGGGCAGCGUUUCUCACAGGUCACUCUGACACUUGGAGAUGUUUGGGAUCUGAAACCCGCUGCUAGUGAAACUGUGAUCCGAAAUAUCAUCGCCCAGGCCCAGGGUGAAAUGGCUUUGGAGGAGUUUUUGAAAAUGGUUCGCGAGACCUGGCAAAACUAUUCUCUUGAUCUAGUCAACUACCAAAACAAGUGUCGUUUGAUUCGAGGUUUUGAUGACCUUUUUGCAAAGUGUAGUGAAAAUCUCAACUCUCUGCAAGCCAUGAGACACUCCCCUUACUACAAAGAAUUCGAGGAGGAAGCUUCGACUUGGGAGGACAAAUUGAACAGAGUUCACGUUUUGUUCGAUGUGUGGAUAGAUGUUCAACGUCAGUGGGUAUACCUUGAAGGUGUCUUCACUGGAAAUGCAGAUAUCAAACACCUUUUGCCCUUGGAAUCGGCGCGUUUCCAAAACAUUAAUUCCGAAUUCUUCGCCGUUAUGAAAAAGGUCUACAAGUCGCCGUUCGUCCUCGAUGUACUCGCAAUAAACGGGGUCCAGAAAUCUUUGGAGAGGCUUGCAGAACUUCUCAAUAAGAUCCAGAAAGCUCUUGGUGAAUAUCUUGAGCGCGAGCGUGUGUCCUUCCCUCGGUUCUACUUUGUGGGUGAUGAAGAUCUUCUAGAAAUCAUCGGUAACAGCAAUGACACACUUCGAGUCGCCAAGCACUUCAAGAAGAUGUUCGCUGGUCUUUCUGGACUUUUGAUGGAUGAUGAUAAUAAUAUUGUUGGCUUCACAUCCAAAGAGGGCGAAGAAGUCAGGCUGAAGCGCGAGGUCAAUCUCAUCAAGACACCGCGAAUCAACGAUUGGCUUUCCGCCUUGGAUAAUAACAUGAAAUUGACAUUAGCUGAGUUACUAGCCGAGGCAGUUGAGCAAUUUGAGACUAUCUACGAUACAAAUGAGGUUGAUCAAACUGCUUUUAACGACUAUCUAGCCAACUAUCCCGCACAGAUCGUCGUGCUUGCUAGUCAGGUUGUAUGGACAAAUGCUGUACACAAAUCCUUAGAAAACGGCGGAGGAAAUCUCUCAACUCUUUUUGAUGCCGAAGUUCGCAUACUGGAAUUACUCGCUGCGACUGUUCUGGGAGAGCUUGAUGGCAUCACGAGAAAGAAAUGUGAGCACAUGAUCACUGAGUUCGUUCAUCAACGCGACGUUAUUGCCAAGCUCAUGAAGUUCAACGCAACGACACCCACGCAUUAUCUUUGGCUUCUGCAGAUGCGUUACGUGUACAAGAACGAAGGCGACUUCCUUCAGCGCCUAUAUGUACACAUGGCUAAUGCUAAGUUGGACUAUGGCUUCGAAUACCUGGGCGUCCCCGAACGGCUUGUACGAACUCCUCUAACGGACCGUUGUUUUCUUACUUUAACUCAGGCCCUUUGUCAACGACUAGGAGGAUCUCCUUACGGACCCGCUGGUACGGGUAAGACCGAGUCCGUCAAAGCUCUGGGCUUACAACUUGGUCGUUUUACUUUGGUCUUCUGCUGUGAUGAUACUUUUGACUUUCAAGCCAUGGGGCGAAUUUUCUUGGGUAUUUGUCAGGUUGGUGCUUGGGGUUGUUUUGAUGAAUUCAAUCGUCUCGAGGAACGUAUUCUUUCUGCCGUUUCCCAGCAGAUACAAAACAUUCAGAUUGGAUUGCGCAAGGGCACAGAGGACGACAAGGCCCAAAUUGAACUAAUCGGCAGACGGCUGCAUGUUAACCAGAAUACUGGUAUCUUCAUCACGAUGAACCCUGGUUAUGCCGGUCGCUCGAACCUACCUGAUAACUUGAAGAAGUUGUUCAGAAGUGUGGCAAUGUCCAAACCCGACAAAGAACUCAUUGCCGAAGUGAUGCUUUUCUCUCAAGGUUUCAAGCAAGCGAAGCCUCUUUCUAAGCAGACCGUUCCUUUCUUCGACCAUUGCGCAAGUAAACUGACGAAACAGGCCCACUAUGACUUUGGUCUUCGAGCCUUGAAGAGUGUCCUUGUUAGCUCUGGUGGUUUGAAACGUGCACGACUGGCAAAUUCCGAUGGAGACUUGGGCCCUGACGCGAUCAUUGAGCCUCAAAUUAUUGUGCAAAGUCUGCGCGAAACAAUUGCCCCUAAAUUGAUCCGUGAAGAUGUGGAGACCAUGCUGGAAAUCCAGACGGAGGACUUCCCUGGAGUUGAAUAUGUGCCUGCCAACUAUGAGAAACUUACUCAGGCAAUCCGUGAUAUUGCGAAUGAAAACCAUUUCGUCGCUAGCGAUACAUGGAUCACAAAGACACUGCAAUUGUAUCAGAUUCAAACCAUUCAUCACGGUGUGAUGAUGGUGGGACGAUCUGGUGCUGGUAAAUCUGCUUCAUGGAAAGUGUUGCUUCAAGCCUUGCAGCGUGUAGAGGGCAUUGAUGGGAUUUGCCAUGUCAUUGAUUCCAAGGUCAUGUCGAAGGAGGCCUUAUACGGUAAUCUCGAUAGCACGACCCGAGAAUGGACAGAUGGCUUGUUUACCGGAAUACUGAGAAAGGUUGUGGACAAUUUACGUGGCGAGGACUCGAAACGUCAUUGGAUUGUCUUUGACGGUGACGUUGACCCUGAGUGGGUUGAGAAUUUGAACAGUGUCUUGGACGAUAACAAGCUCCUCACUUUGCCCAACGGUGAGCGUCUCAACUUACCACCAAACGUCCGCAUCAUGUUUGAGGUUGAAACUCUCAAAUAUGCUACACUUGCUACAGUUAGUCGAUGCGGUAUGGUCUGGUUCAGCGACGAUACUGUAACACCGGAGAUGAUGAUCACGAACUAUGUCGAUUCAUUGAAGACUAAGAUUUUCGAAGACUUGGACGACGACUCUGUUCCUGCAGGACAAGCAUCUGCUAAGACUCAAGCUGUUCAGGACAUGGUUUCGGACUUCCUCAAGCAAUUCAUGCAAGGCGAUGAUCUCAUCUACAAGGCCCUUGAAGAAGCCCGGAAGUAUAAUCAUAUCAUGGACUAUACAAGCAUUCGCGGAUUGAACACUCUUUUCAGCCUCUUGAACAAAACUUGUCGUAACGUGCUCGAGUACAAUAUUCAGCAUAUCGACUUCCCUCUAGAGCCUGAACAAGUCGAAUCAUAUAUUUCCAAGAAGUUGCUCCUUGCGCUCGUAUGGUCGCUGACUGGUGACUGUCCUCUCAACGACCGCAAGCGCUUCGGAGAAUAUCUUGCCGCGUCUACUACCAUUGAUUGCCCGUUACUCAGCGAGUCGUCCUCUCUUAUUGACUACGAUGUGUCCUUGCCCAAAGUGGAAUGGAUUACUUGGCAGUCACAGGUGCCCUCAGUCGAGAUCAAUACCCAUUCCAUCACUCAAACAGAUGUAAUUAUUCCAACGCUGGAUACCGUACGUCACGAAGAUGUGCUAUACUCAUGGCUUGCUGAGCACAAACCUCUUCUGCUCUGCGGUCCUCCUGGAUCCGGUAAGACUAUGACGCUGUUUUCUGCCUUGAGAAAACUGCCAAACAUGGAGGUUGUUGGUCUCAAUUUCUCCAGUGCAACCACUCCGGAUCUUCUGAUUAAGACUUUCGAACAAUACUGUGAAUACCGCAAGACUUUGAACGGUGUGGUGAUGUCACCGAACCAGAUCGGACGGUGGCUCGUUAUUUUCUGCGACGAGAUCAACUUGCCUGCUCCGGAUCGAUACGGUACUCAGCGCGCAAUUUCAUUUUUAAGACAGCUUGUGGAACAAAACGGUUUCUGGCGGACUUCUGACAAGACAUGGGUUACUUUGGAUCGCAUUCAAUUUGUUGGAGCUUGUAACCCGCCUACCGAUGCUGGACGUACGCCAAUGGGAGAACGUUUCUUGCGCCACGCCCCCUUGAUGAUGGUUGAUUACCCCGGCGAGCUCUCUCUGACACAAAUCUAUGGCACCUUCAACUCGGCCGUUUUAAAGAUUAUCCCAACGUUGCGCGGCUAUGCGGAUGCUUUGACCAAAGCAAUGGUGCAAUUCUAUUUAGAGUCUCAAGCAACAUUCACACCAAAGAUACAGCCACACUACGUGUACUCACCACGUGAACUCACGAGGUGGGUACGUGGUGUUUACGAAGCUAUCAAGCCUCUCGAGAAUCUCUCUGUCGAAGGUCUGGUCCGAAUUUGGGCCCACGAAGCUCUCCGGCUCUUCCAAGAUCGUCUCGUAGCCGAAGAGGAGCGAAAAUGGACAGCAGAUUCCGUGCGGCGGAUUGCCCUGGAGCAUUUCCCAACUAUUGACGAAGAACAAGCAUUGAAGGGACCUAUACUUUUCUCCAACUGGCUCUCAAAGAACUACGUACCAGUUGAACAAGAACAGCUAAGGGAAUUCGUCAAGGCUCGCUUGAAGACAUUCUGUGAAGAAGAAGUUGACGUUCCGUUGGUUCUUUUCAAUGACGUUUUGGAACAUGCAUUGCGUAUCGACCGUGUCUUCCGACAGCCUCAAGGCCAUCUGAUUCUCAUCGGUGUCAGUGGAAGUGGAAAGACGACGUUAUCAAGAUUCGUUGCGUGGAUGAAUGGUCUGAACAUCUUCCAAAUCAAGGUUCACGGGAAGUACUCAUCGGAUGAUUUCGACGAGGAUUUAAGAAAUGUCCUUCGACGAGCAGGAUGCAAAGGCGAAAAAAUCUGUUUCAUUAUGGACGAGUCUAACGUGCUUGACUCUGGAUUCUUAGAACGAAUGAACACCCUGCUGGCCAAUGCUGAAGUUCCGGGUCUCUUUGAAGGUGACGAGUUUGCAUCCUUGAUGACCGCUUGCAAGGAAGGCGCACAACGACAAGGUCUACUUCUUGACUCUCAAGAGGAACUUUACAAAUGGUUCACCCAACAAAUAGUGAAGAAUCUUCAUGUUGUAUUUACGAUGAAUCCGCCUGAAGAUGGGUUAUCAUCCAAGGCCGCAACAAGUCCUGCGCUGUUCAAUCGUUGCGUACUUAAUUGGAUGGGCGAUUGGUCUGAUCAGGCUCUCUUCCAAGUCGGCACCGAGCUCACACACUCUGUGGACCUCGACAAGCCCAACUUUACGGCGCCAGACAGCAUUCCAGUGGCUUAUCGCGACCUCAAUCUUCCUGCCUCUCACCGCGAAACUGUUGUCAAUUCGAUGGUCUACAUCCACUAUUCACUGCAGAAAUUCAAUCAGCGUCUGCAAAAACAACAGGGUAGAACAACGUUCCUCACUCCCAGACAUUACCUCGACUUUGUUGCUCAAUACGUGAAACUUUUUAAUGAGAAGCGAGAGGAUCUCGAGGAACAGCAACGUCACUUGAACGUAGGUCUCGAGAAACUUAGGGAUACAGUCGAUAAGGUCCGUGAUCUUCGUGUCAGCCUUGCAGAGAAGAAAACACAGUUGGAGAAAAAGGAUGCCGAAGCCAACGAGAAGUUGCAGCGUAUGGUUGCGGAUCAGCGGGAGGCUGAGCAGAGAAAGACUGCAUCACUUGAAAUCCAGGCUGCUCUAGAGAAGCAAGAGCAGGAAGUGGCUAUGCGGAAGGAUGUUGUUCUGAAUGACCUGGCGAGAGCAGAGCCCGCAGUUCUCGAAGCCCAAAAGAGUGUCAGCAACAUCAAGCGUCAGCAUCUUACUGAAGUGCGUUCUAUGGGUAACCCCCCAGCAAGCGUGCGUCUGACCAUGGAGGCGGUCUGCACGUUGCUUGGUCACAAGGUCGACAGCUGGAAGACAAUCCAAGGUAUCAUCCGUCGAGAUGAUUUUAUUGCGAGCAUCGUCAACUACGAUAACGAGCGUCAAAUGACUCGCAACCACCGGGUGAAAAUGAAGAAUGAAUUCCUGUCCAAGGAUGACUUCACGUAUGAGCGAGUCAAUCAUGCCAGUAAAGCAUGCGGCCCACUUGUACAGUGGGUUGAAGCACAAGUGAAUUAUUCCGAGAUCUUAGACCGUGUGGGACCUCUUCGUGAAGAGGUGGAUCAACUGGAGGAACAAGCACUCCAAACCAAGGCGGAAGCACAGGCCAUUGAGAAUACUAUCCAGAGUCUUGAAAGCAGUAUUGCCACAUACAAAACAGAAUACGCCGCUCUCAUCAGUGAAACGCAGGCUAUUAAGACUGAAAUGGGCCGGGUGCAGUUCAAAGUUGACCGCAGUGUCCGGCUGCUAGACAGCUUGGCUUCUGAGCGAGAACGAUGGGAAGAAGGAAGCAAAUCGUUUGAAACGCAAAUCAACACACUAGUUGGUGACGUUCUCAUCGCUGCUGCAUUCCUUGCCUAUGCAGGUCUGUAUGAUCAACAGUUUCGUAAGGCGAUGGUAGAAGACUGGGUCAAUCAGUUAGGGCAGUCUGGAAUCACAUUCAAGCCUCACAACCCGGUUACGGAAUACCUAUCGAAUGCGGAUGAACGUCUGGCAUGGCAAAGCAAUUCUCUUCCUGUUGAUGAUCUGUGCACUGAGAAUGCAAUUAUAUUGAAACGCUUCAAUCGCUAUCCUUUGAUCAUUGAUCCGUCAGGCCGCAUUACGGAGUUCUUACAGAAGGAGAGCAAGGAGAGGAAGCUUACGGUCACUAGUUUCCUGGAUGAUUCUUUUGUCAAGCAGCUCGAGAGUGCUCUGCGUUUUGGCAACCCGAUACUCAUCCAAGACGCAGAGCAUCUGGACCCCAUUCUCAACCAUGUCCUCAACAAGGAAUACCAGAAAACUGGAGGACGUGUCCUGAUCCAGUUGGGUAAACAAGAGAUCGACUUUUCACCUUCGUUCAGGCUCUUCUUGUCUACGCGUGAUCCGUCUGCUACUUUCCCACCCGAUAUUUGCAGUCGCACGACAUUUGUUAACUUUACGGUCACUCAGAGCAGCUUGCAGACCCAGUCUCUCAAUGAAGUGUUGAAAGUGGAGCGUCCCGACGUUGAUGAGCGACGCACGAAUCUUAUCAAGUUACAAGGAGAGUUCAAGAUCCAUCUCCGGCAAUUAGAGAAACGUCUGUUGCAGGCACUCAACGAGUCUAGGGGCAAUAUUUUGGAUGAUGACAACGUCAUUGAGACAUUAGAAACCCUCAAGAAGGAGGCUGCGGAGAUUACCAAGAAGAUGUCAGAGACAGAAGGAGUGAUGACGGAGGUCGACAAUAUCACGCUGCAAUAUAAUAUCAUUGCUCGGUCGUGCAGUGCUGUCUUUGCGGUACUGGAACAGCUGCAUCAUAUCAACCAUUUCUACCAAUUUUCAUUGCAGUACUUUGUCAAGAUUUUCAACUCGAUUCUUCAUGGAAACAAGAGACUGGCCAAUGAGAAAGACUAUGCCGCAAGGGUGCAGAUAAUUCUUCGAGACCUCUUUAUCACGGCGUAUCAGCGCACUUCUCUCGGGCUUCUACAAAAGGAUCGCAUAACCCUGGCUAUGCUGCUUGCCCAGGCUACUCCCUACACGAUGGACAGGAGCAUCAUUGAUACCAUUCUUGAUGAAAGCGUGGAGGGUCUAGACUUGUCGACUACUACGGAGCUACGCGAACAGACCAUCAGCCGCAUUUGCAACAUGUCUUUGUUCAAAUCUUACGUGCCCAACAUCACACAAGCAGCUUGGACUUCUUUCUUCACCGAGGAACUUGCCGAGAACUUUGUCCCUACGGUAUGGGAUGAGAGUACAGGGGCACUCGACCAGCAACUUCGAUCGCUUCUGCUUGUCAAGCUCUGCCGGCUGGACCGGUUCGUCCCCGUUGCAGAGCGGUUCGUCGCCGCAGUCUUUGGUCGCGAGAUGUACGAAGAUAACAGCGAUCUCAAGGAUGUCGUUGAACAAGUGACAGCAAUCACGCCGGUGGCGCUGAGCUCCAGUCCCGGAUUCGAUGCGAGCUACAAAGUCGAUGGUUUGGUCGAGCGGAUGAAUGCUACUUGCGCGAAUAUUGCGAUGGGAUCGAACGAGGGCCUGGAAAGCGCGGACAAGGCUAUUGGGCAUGCAGCUUCGGCAGGCACCUGGGUUCUAGUCAAGAACGUGCAUCUCGCACCGUCCUGGCUUCAGAGCUUGGAGAAACGGCUUGACUCUCUGAAGCCGCAUCGGGAUUUCCGGCUUUUCUUGUCAAUGGAGACCAGCCCCAAGAUUCCAGUCAACUUGCUCCGUGCAUCUCGCGUUCUCAUGUUUGAGCAGCCGGCAGGAGUGCGCGCCAACAUGAAGGAUUCGCUCUCUUCUCUUUCGCUACGUGCUACGACGGCUCCGGUGGAAAAGGCCCGGGUCUAUCUGUUGCUUUCGUUCUUGCAUGCUGUGGUCCAGGAGCGUCUUCGCUACGCGCCUAAUCUUGGUUGGAAAGGAUUCUGGGAAUUCAAUGACAGUGAUUACGAAUGCUCCGCGUUUAUUAUCGACUCGUGGAUUGAUUCGGUCGCUCAGGGACGGUCUAAUGUUGCCCCUCAGAAGCUGCCAUGGGAUAUGAUUCGCACGCUCAUCACGGAAACAUACGGCGGCAAGGUGGACGACAGCGGGGAUUUCGAGCAGCUGCAGAAGCUCGUGGAGAAUCUCCUGACGCCGGCGGCAUUUGAGGAAGAUCACAAGCUUGUGUCCGGCGUAGAAAACGACGAGUGCCUGGCGCUGCCGGGCAGCACCAGCAUGCGCGACUUUACGGCGUGGGUUGGGCGGCUGCCAGAGCGCGAGCCGCCGACGUACUUGGGGCUGCCGGCCAAUGCAGAGAAAUUGCUGCUGGUCGGACACGGGCGCGCGAUGAUCUCAGAUGUGUCGCGAGUGACGACGUUGCUGGACGAGGGCGAGCAGUUGAUGGUUGAGGCAUAA